AUGUACCCCUUCGUAUCUUCUUCUUACCCAUGUUCUUGUUCCUUUUUCAGUGGAAGACAAAGAGAACGUCCCAAUCCCAGUGACCUUGCAACGUGCUCCCUAACCCUGAGAGCAUGUCCUGACUACAAUGGCCUCAUGAAUCCCUCACCUUUUGGCCGACUUUUCGAAACGGGUCGACUCUUGUUCAUGUUGUUGUUGAUGAGUUUCUUCUUUCUGCUGUUCGCGGAUGUGGAAGCGGGUGUUCGCGGCAAUGAAUCGCCUUCUUUGUUAACUACGGUGCCUUCCAAUGAGGCCUAUAAUAAGCCUCGGCGGAAUCCGAUUCGGGUAAGUAUUAAAUGUCCAAGUUUUUGUUCCGUUCGACAGCUUGUCAUUGUCAAUAUUUGUGGUCGUAAUAUUUUACCAUCACCGUAACCCUUUUGCCGGACUCCAUGUGCUUUGCUCCUUCCCUUUCCUGUUGUCCAAAAUUGACCUCAAUUCCAGUUUAAGAUCUCCAAAGAAUCAUCGCGCAAUCAACGGCAUAUGCGACGAUUAUACGACGAUUUGUUUGCGGAUUACGAACGAGAGAUUCGGCCCGUUGCCAACGACUCCAUGCCAUUGACAGUGGUCAUUCAAUUCUGGCUGAAGCAGAUUCUAAAGAUUGACGAGCGAGAUCAGACCAUCAAAUGUUAUCUCUGGCUGGAGUUAUAUUGGACGGACGAGUUAUUGAAAUGGAAUCCAUCUGAUUAUGGGGGUCUGGACCGGAUGCAUGUGCCAUCCACGAAGAUUUGGAGACCCGAUAUUCUCGUUUACAAUAACGCGAAUAUGAAUAUUGAGGACAACGAAGUUGAGACGAAUGCAAUCAUCAAAGCGAAUGGGGAUGUGACCUUAUUCCGGGCCAUGAUCACUGACAUCACUUGCACAUUAUCACUGAGUUUGUUUCCAUUCGACCAGGUGAGUUUGUGUGGAUUUUCAAAUGAAUGAGUUAUCAGAUUCAAGUCAUCAUCAGGAUAUAGUUUAUAAGUGCAAUCUUGUUGUGUCGUUUAUAUUUCCGUUCUUUGAGCCAUUCCCCGUCACACUUUGACCUCAGGGGAUUAGACGACAACUGUUCCUUUCACUUAGUCGUUUAAAGCGUAUGUAAGAUGACACUUUUUCCUGUAAGUAUAGUGUUGGGAGUUCGAAACGAAAAGAAAAGUGCUAAAAAUCAAAGAAUGCAAAUGUGAAAGUAAUAUUCUCAAACAAAACAGUAAAACAAUUACUUUCAGCAAGUUUGUUAUCUGACAUUUGCUUCGUGGAGCAUGGAUGGGAGUAAGAUGCUUCUUUUCCCAUCCAAUUCAUCCGACAACCUCGAAUUAUACAUCAGAAAUACGGAAUGGGAACUAACCGAUUUCUCGGUCAAGAUGUACGAAAAGAGAUACGAAUGUUGUCCAUAUGCUUUCCCCGACAUUACGUACUUCAUGGUCCUGAAGAGAUCACCGUCUUAUUACAUCUUCACGUAAGCGGUCAUUAGCUGCACAUAGCUGAGUCCACGUAAUCAAAAACUUUAUUUUUCUAGGUUGAUCAUCCCCUCAACUUUUAUCACGGUCGUCACCAUUGUCGGGUUCUUCACUCCCCAUUCAACUACUGGCGAGAACACUGAGAAAGUCAGUCUGGGAGUGAAUGCGUUGUUAUCAAUGAGCAUAAUUAGUAAGUUAGAUUCUUUUAUAUAUCAUCUAUGAAAUCUAAUCUAAAAAAUCGUUUGUGUUUCAGUGAUGAUGGUGUCCGGAGAAGUUCCUGCAACUUCCGAAGUGAUCCCCUUAAUUGGAAAGUAUUAUAUUGGUCUCAUCUUCCUCAUUUUCGGGGCCGCGUUUACCACAACCAUAACCCUUGCUUAUCAGAUGAGAGGCAAUUCGGGGACUCCAAUGUCUGCUCGGAUGAAACAUCUGCUCUUCGAAAAACUGGCCAAAAGUCCUCUUGGCUACUGGUUCUUCGCUGUUCAAAUCGACAGAAAAAACAAGUACAGUAAUCGACCAAAAGGGGGACCCCGGAGCAAAGAAGUGAGUUACCGUAACCCUUGAUAUGAUUACUUUUUUAGAAUCACACCUACAUCUUCGAUAAUGUGUGCAUUCCAUCGGAGAACAAUGUAAAUUCUGAUGGAUUGAAUUCUGUUCAUGUAAACUCUACAAAUACGCCAAAUAUAAAUGCAAAUGGGCUCAAAUUAAAGCAUCGGGUAAUCAAGAAAGACUCAAAAAAGACCAAAUUAAUACAAAUGGAUGAGAUUGGGAAGGAACAGAACGAAGUGGACAAGAAUCCAUUGACGGAAGCCACAGAAACUUUGAUAAAUGGACAUAGUUUCUGGACAAAUCGACUGUACGAAUGCAUGAGUAAGAUCGACGAGUCGAUCAGCAGAAGUGAGUAGUUGAUAUUAAGAAGUUACCGUAUAUUAUUUCAAAAUUAAACUCAAACUUGCAGCGCAUCAACAACGAGUUAUCGAGUUUGAAUGGGAACAGGGAACGCGGAUAAUCGAACGGAUCAUUAUGAUCUUCUACGUGACCCUGACCCUCGGCUUUGCCUUCUUCAUGUUGGGUGGAUCGGGUGAGGACAUUCGAUUAACAGAAGAAGUAAUGGAUCGUGUCAAGCGGUGA